GAGCGCGCCGCGCGCCUGAGGUGCCGACCCGAGGCCGCGGCCCGCAGCCGGCGCCCCCGCGCCUGACGGGGCGGCGUGGCGGGAUGAGGCGCUGGCGCGGGGGGCGCCCGGCCGAGCCCCCGCGGCGGCCCUGGGCGGCCCGGCGCUAAGCGCGGCGGCGGCGGCGGCGGCGGCGGCGGCGGCGGACGAAGACGGCGGGCCCAGCCCGCGGAGGGCAGACACGGAGCGGAGAGCGGCGCGCAGCGACGCCGCGGCGGCGCGGCGGGGCCGUGGGGUUCGGAAAAUGAAGCCCUCAAUACAGUCUGAAGAAGAUGAUUUUGUUCCAGAGCUACAUAGAAAUGUUCACCCUCGAGAGAGGCCUGAUUGGGAAGAAACACUUAGUGCAAUGGCAAGAGGAGCAGAUGUCCCAGAGAUCCCUGGAGAGCUUUCCCUCAAGGCCUGUGGCAGUACAGCAAGCAUGAAGGUUAAGCAUGUGAAGAAGUCCAGCACUCCAGGACUGAUGGGCUGUGACAACAUCCACAGGUUACCCUUCACCAAGGGACACUUCCCCAAGAUGGCUGAAUGUGCACAUUUUCAUUAUGAGAACGUGGAAUUUGGCAGUAUACAGCUUUCACUAUCAGAAGAGCAGAAUGAAAUCAUGAAAAAUGGCUGUGAAUCUAAAGAGCUGGUCUACCUCGUGCAGAUUGCCUGCCAGGGCAAAAGUUGGAUUGUUAAAAGAAGUUAUGAAGAUUUCCGGGUACUUGAUAAACAUCUUCAUCUCUGCAUUUAUGACCGCCGAUUCUCCCAACUCUCAGAGCUUCCCCGGUCUGACAUCCUGAAGGACAGUCCUGAGUCAGUUACUCAGAUGCUUAUGGCUUACCUGUCACGCCUCUCAACUAUUGCUGGCAACAAGAUCAACUGUGGGCCUGCCCUUACCUGGAUGGAGAUUGACAAUAAGGGAAACCAUCUUCUAGUUCACGAGGAGUCGUCCAUCAACACUCCUGCUGUCGGUGCUGCCCAUGUCAUCAAACGGUACACUGCUCGGGCCCCUGAUGAACUGACCUUAGAGGUGGGAGAUAUUGUUUCUGUUAUUGACAUGCCUCCCAAAGUAUUAAGUACAUGGUGGAGAGGCAAACAUGGAUUUCAGGUGGGACUCUUCCCUGGUCAUUGUGUCGAGUUAAUUAACCAGAAAGUUCCCCAGUCAGUGACCAACUCAGUGCCAAAACCAGUGUCCAAAAAGCACGGCAAGCUCAUUACUUUCCUACGAACAUUCAUGAAGUCUCGCCCAACAAAACAGAAGCUAAAGCAGCGGGGAAUCUUGAAGGAGAGAGUGUUUGGUUGUGACCUGGGGGAGCACCUUCUGAAUUCUGGGUUUGAAGUGCCCCAGGUUCUUCAGAGCUGCACAGCAUUCAUCGAGAGGUAUGGCAUUGUGGAUGGCAUAUAUCGUCUCUCUGGCGUUGCCUCCAAUAUCCAGAGACUUCGUCAUGAGUUUGAUUCUGAGCAUGUCCCCGACCUGACGAAAGAGCCUUAUGUUCAAGACAUCCAUUCUGUGGGCUCCCUCUGUAAGCUGUACUUCCGAGAGCUCCCAAACCCUCUGCUCACCUACCAGCUGUAUGAGAAGUUCUCUGAUGCCGUUUCAGCAGCAACAGAUGAAGAGCGGUUGAUAAAAAUUCAUGAUGUCAUCCAGCAGCUCCCCCCACCACACUACAGAACCCUGGAGUUCCUGAUGAGACACCUCUCUCUUCUAGCGGACUAUUGCUCCAUCACGAAUAUGCAUGCAAAAAAUCUUGCCAUUGUCUGGGCACCAAACCUGCUGAGAUCAAAGCAGAUAGAGUCGGCCUGCUUCAGUGGGACAGCAGCUUUCAUGGAAGUGAGAAUUCAAUCUGUGGUUGUUGAGUUCAUCCUCAAUCAUGUAGAUGUGCUCUUCAGUGGCAAAAUCAGCGCUGUCAUGCAGGAAGGGGCAGCGUCUCUGUCAAGGCCCAAGUCGCUGCUGGUAUCUUCUCCAUCUACCAAGCUGCUGACAUUGGAGGAAGCCCAGGCAAGAACACAGGCUCAGGUCAAUUCUCCCAUUGUGACUGAAAAUAAGUACAUCGAAGUAGGCGAAGGGCCUGCUGCACUUCAAGGGAAGUUUCAUACCAUUAUUGAGUUCCCACUGGAAAGAAAGAGGCCUCAGAAUAAGAUGAAAAAAUCUCCUGUGGGCAGCUGGCGUUCUUUUUUCAAUUUGGGGAAGUCAUCUUCUGUCUCUAAACGCAAGUUGCAGCGUAAUGAGAGUGAGCCCUCGGAGAUGAAAGCCAUGGCUUUGAAAGGUGGCAGGGCAGAAGGAACUCUUCGCUCAGCUAAAAGUGAGGAGUCCCUUACUUCUCUCCAUGCAGUUGAUGGUGAUUCCAAGUUGUUCCGACCUAGAAGACCCAGGUCUAGCAGUGAUGCACUCUCUGCCUCUUUCAAUGGAGAAAUGCUGGGGAACCGCUGCAAUUCCUAUGAUAAUCUGCCCCACGACAAUGAGAGUGAAGAGGAAAUGGGGCUGCUCCACAUUCCAGCUCUUGUGUCUCCUCACUCAGCUGAGGAUGUUGACUUGAGUCCACCAGACAUUGGAGUAGCCAGUCUCGACUUUGAUCCGAUGUCAUUUCAAUGCAGCCCUCCAAAAGCCGAGUCAGAAUGUCUGGAGAGUGGUGCUUCCUUUCUGGAUUCGCUAGGGUUUGCCAGGGAUAAACCGGGUACCAGUCAGAAGGAUGUAGAAGCAGGUGGUAGCCAGUCGCAGACUCCAGGCAGUACUACAAGUUCUGAACCUGUGUCUCCAGUCCAGGAAAAGCUGAGUCCAUUCUUUACCCUGGACUUGAGUCCAACUGAGGACAAGUCUUCUAAACCAUCUUCAUUUACGGAAAAGGUUGUUUAUGCUUUCUCUCCGAAGAUCGGACGCAAGCUAAGCAAGUCUCCUUCCAUGAACAUAUCUGAGCCCAUUUCAGUGACUCUUCCACCUCGGGUGUCAGAAGUCAUUGGUACUGUCUCCAAUACCAUAGCUCAGAAUGCAUCACCUCCAUCUUGGGACAAAAGUGUGGAAGAAAGAGAUGUCAUAAAUAGAUCCCCCACCCAGAUAGGAAAGACGAAAACAAGUGAGAGAGAGGCACAGGAAGGGUGUGAGCCUGAAGCACAGCCCCUGGAGCAGGGGGCAGCUGAAGAAGUAGAAUUGCCAGGGGCAGAGGAGCGGCCUGUCUCGAGCAGUCAGAGCAAGGCUGUACCUUCUGGACAGAGUCAGACAGGAGCAGUUACCCAUGACCCCCCUCAAGAUCCCGUUCCUGUCAGUUCAGUCUCUCUUAUCCCACCACCACCGCCUCCGAAAAAUGUCGCCCGAAUGUUGGCACUAGCGUUAGCUGAGUCUGCACAGCAAGCCUCAACUCAGACACUGAAGAGACCAGGGACUUCCCAGGCUGGGUAUACUAGUUAUGGAGACAUGGCAGUGGUUACAUCUGAAGAGAAACUGCCUGGUUCCUCCUCUAGCAUUACUCUAGAUAAAGCCUAUUUCCAAACGGACCGACCAGCAGAGCAGUUCCACCUGCAGAUCAAUGGACUCGGAAAUUGUAACCAGCCUCUCCCAGAGACAGCAGCUAUGGGAGAUCCCACUCAUUCUAACACAACUGACUCUGGGGAGCAACUCCACCAAGUAGACCUAAUAGGGAAUCCGCUACAUCGAAACCAUUUAUCUGGGGACCCAGAAAAGGCUAGAAGCACUUCAGCUCCCUUAGCAGACUCAGAGAAGUCUGAUGAUCAUGGAAGUUUCCCUGAAGACCAGGCUGGGAAGACCAGCGUGUCCGCUGUCUCCUUUGUGGAGCAGGACCAGUCUCCACCUCAUGUCUCCAGUGGAGAUGAGCCCCCCUCUUAUCUUGGUACCAGUGUGGAUAAACCCCAUCAUUCCUCAGAACUUACAGACAAAUCUCCCAUGCCUUCUACUUUGCCUAGGGACAAAGCUCACCCUCUUUCUGGGUCCCCUGAAGAGAACACCGGCACAGCCACUAUGGCUCAUAUGAUGACAACUCCAGGAAGAGUUGAAACAAGCAGCAGAGAAACCAGCAGGGUCAUGGCUGAGCAGCCAGCUGCUGCUGAUUUUGUGACUGCAACCCUUCAGCGUGUGCACAGAAUUAACCGCCCCCUCCCCCCACCUCCUUCCCAGAGGCCAGCAGAGCAACCGCCAGUCUUGGGGCAGGUACAAGAAGCUCCAAGUGUAGGAUUGAAUAAUUCCCACAAGGUCCAGGGAGUAGGUCCAGCUCCAGAGAGGCCACCUGAGCCUCAAGUCCCGAGUGAUCCUGCAUCCAUCUUUGUCAAUGAUGGCAGCUCAGCUGCCCAGUGUCCCAUGGCUGCUUCUGCUCUCCAACCAGGACUGCCUGAGAAGGUACGGGAAGGCACCAGGGCCCCCCUCCUCCACCUGCGUGCUGAGUCUUUUCCUGGCCAUUCCUGUGGCUUUGCUGCCCCAAUUCCCCCAACAAGGACAGUGGAAAGCAAGAUGGCUGCUGCCAUGCACUCCAACACUGCAGAUACCAACAGCAGCUCAAAUUAUCACUCCUUUGUCCCUUCUUCAGCCUCGAUGGAUGGUGUAUUGCCUUUGCCACUCCCCAUCUCACAGCCUAAGCAUGCUUCUCAGAAGAUAGCCUAUUCUUCCUUUGCUAGACCUGAUGUCACCACUGAGCCCUUUGGUCCAGAAAACUGUUCACAUUUCAAUAUGACUCCAAACUGCCAGUUCCGUCCCCAGAGCGUACCUCCACACCACAAUAAGUUAGAGCCACACCAGGUAUAUGGUGCCCGAUCAGAGCCACCAGCUUCCAUGGGUCCUCGUUAUAACACCUAUGUGGCGCCGGGAAGAAACAUGUCUGGACACCACUCUAAACCAUGCAGCCGGGUUGAGUAUGUCUCUUCUCUGGGCUCUUCAGUUAGGAAUACUUGUUGCCCUGAAGACAUUCUACCUUACCCCACUAUCCGAAGGGUCCAGUCCCUCCAUGCACCCCCACCUUCCAUGAUCCGCUCUGUUCCCAUUUCACGAACAGAAGUUCCCCCAGAUGAUGAACCAGCCUACUGCGCAAGGCCCGUCUACCAGUAUAAGCCAUAUCAGUCCUCCCAGGCCCGCUCAGAUUACCAUGUAACGCAGCUCCAGCCUUACUUUGAGAAUGGACGGGUCCACUACCGUUAUAGUCCAUAUUCCAGCUCCUCAAGCUCCUAUUACAGCCCCGACGGAGCCUUGUGUGAUGUUGAUGCCUAUGGCACAGUCCAACUGAGGCACCUUCACCGCCUACCCAACCGUGAUUUUGCUUUAUACAAUUCAAGGCUACAAGGAAAGAAUUUAUACAAUUAUGCUGGUUUGCCUCCACGUCCACGGGCCAACAUGACUGGCUAUUUCUCUGGUAAUGACCAUAAUGUAGUCAACAUGCCCCCCACUGCUGAUGUAAAGCACACCUACACCUCGUGGGAUUUUGAGGACAUGGAAAAAUACCGCAUGCAGUCCAUCAGGAGAGAGAGUCGAGCACGACAAAAGGUGAAAGGGCCGGUCAUGUCACAGUACGACAACAUGGCACCAGCUGUGCAAGAUGACUUGGGAGGAAUCUAUGUCAUCCAUCUGCGUAGUAAAUCAGAUCCUGGGAAAACUGGACUUCUCUCUGUGGCUGAGGGGAAAGAAGGGCGGCACCCAGCCAAGGCUGUCAGUCCUGAGGGGGACGACCGUUUCUACAGGAAGCAUCCAGAGCCGGAGUUCGACAGAGCCCACCAUCAUGGGGGGUAUGGCAACACCCAGGUAGACAAGCCAUCCCUCCCACAGAAGCAAAGCAGCCUUAGGAACAGAAAGCUUCACGAUAUGGGUUGUAACCUUCCAGAGCACAGGGCGCAUCAGGAAGUAAGCCAUAGGCAAUUAUGUGAAUCAAAAAAUGGACCACCUUAUCCCCAGGGAGCUGGCCAGUUAGAUUAUGGGCCCAAAGGGAUGCCAGACACUUCUGAGCCAGGCAGCUACCAUAACUCUGGAGGGAAAUAUGUCACAUCAGGGCAGGAGUCUUUAAGAAUGAACCACAAGGAGGUGAGGCUCUCCAAAGAUCUCGACCGGCCUCGAGCCAGGCAGCCACCUGCCCCUGAGAAACACUCCAGAGACUGCUACAAGGAGGAGGAACACUUCUCUCAGUCUAUGGUCCCACCCCCCAAACCAGAGAGGAGUCACAGCCUAAAACUCCACCAUACCCAGAACCUGGAGAGGGACCCCAGCGUGCUAUACCAGUAUCCAACACACAGCAAGCGCCAGAGCAGUAUGACUGUUGUGUCCCAAUAUGAUAACCUGGAGGAUUACCACUCCCUACCCCAGCACCAGCGAGGAGGCUUUGGAGGGGGAGGCAUGGGGGCCUAUGUGCCCUCUGGCUUUGUCCAUCCUCAGAGCAGGACAUAUGCCACAGCGUUGGGUCAGGGGGCCUUCCUGCCCGCAGAGUUGUCCUUGCCACAUCCUGACACACAGAUCCAUGCAGAAUGAGCCCUGGGAGCAAUAGAGUUGAAGCAGCCUCUGCUGGACAGUGGACUGUUCUAUUUUUUUCAAUAACCAAAAAAAUUUAAGGAAAAAAUAAUGCUACAAAACCCCUGACCAUAUGAAAGACACAUAAUAAAAGUAAACAAACCACACCUUCCCCCCACUCAUUCCCACCUCAUCCAUCCAUAGGCUGUGUUGUCUGUCUGUAAAGAGAUCUGGAUGAUUGUAAAGUGCUGUGCUGAAAGCCUAGGGGAGAAGUUCUCACCACAGACCCUAUUGCUGUACAGGACUGAUUUGUAAGACUCUAAGGACUGCCUUUAACUCAUUGAAUUUAACGUUGACCUUUCUUAGCACUUGCUACCUAGCUCAGAGCAGUUUGCCUAUAUUCCCUGGUGGGCUCUGCAUUUCCCGUUGUGUUCCCACUGUGGUAGGGGCCAUGUAGCCUGCCGAGGUGGACUCUCCACUCUGUUCUGCUUUCAUCGUCCCUGUCCAUGAAGGAGCCCAGUGUGCUAAAUUCGAAAGAAAACUCCCUGAUCCUCCCGCUGUGUCAUUUAGACUGCUAGCAGCAUGAUCAUUAAAAGGUAAAGGAAUUAGGAUUUUAAACAUUUAGUGGCACAUCAUUGUGAAAUAGCGGUCCAAGAUGAACCACAUUCUUCAGUAGUCUAGCCUUUUUCUUCUUGUCAGUCUGUACGCUCUUCUCACUACAGAAACAUGAGGGGCUACUUUUUUAAGUUAAAGUUUAAGGAACUUUUCUUCGAAAGAAAAUGAAGUUCUUAUUGUCAGUGAACUCUGUUAUUGUCAGAAAACAUCACUAGUGCUUCCAGUGAGCUGUCCCCCUGCACAUCCUACAAGAUUCAGGACGUUGUAGUGCCAAUAAAAUAGUCACCCUGUUAGCUCUAAAUCCAAAACAUUCUCACUAAGCAAAAAACAGCAUGGUUUAACUGGAUACAGUUUCUUAGGGAUAUAAAUGUACAUGUUACUCAAUUUCUAACUUACAGUGUGGGUUCCCUAAGAAUUUGCAGAACCCCUACAAACUACCUGUUAGAAAACUACAUUGUGCAUUGACCCUGAGUACGCAGUUCCAUCUCGCCCACUGGCAUUCUGGAAUCUUGUGGUUUGGCUCACUUCUGUUGUGUGGUCACAGUCUUACUGCGUUCGUCAUCUACACCAGCAUUUCAGAAUAGUUCUAACUCUCUAGACAUGUUAAACAUGUGAAUACCUGGAACUUUCUUUUGAAAGUUGCAUUCCUUAUUGGACUUGGGACAGGGUACCUCUUCAGCCCAGCUUCCCUCUUGUUUCCUAGGCCCAUCCCACCCCAGCCAGCCAAGUCUGGUAAGGCAGACCUGUGUUAAAAGUGAGUUAGAUUGGCAUUUCAUUCCAUAAGUCAUGAUAAUACUUGAGUUUUGUACAUUUGUAUCUUUUAAUACUCUGUAGGAGACACAGGAGAUUUCAUUCCAUAUAGUUGCUGCUCUGGCUUUUUAGGAUGGGAUUACCUUUUACUUAGAGCAAAGGAAGAAAUCUUUUAAGAGACUAAAAUCAUGCUGCUGUUACUGCUGUGAAAUUGUGAAAGAUUAGAUUUACGGCAGUCUUUGUAAUUAAGUCAUAUAUUUGCGUUUUAAGGGUUUAUAUUUAGAACUAAAGUUUUAAGAACAUGUUUGUAUUUGGAGAUACUCUGUAAGGUGUUCUUUGUUUCCCAAAUUGACCAGAGGGAUCCAGUGAAGUCUAAAGUAGACACCUGGAAACACCUACACACAAAGGUCUGUGGGAACUCUGGCAUCUGCAUUAAAGAUGCAGACCCAGCUGAUAUAUAGAAUGUCCAGAAACUUGAUGGCUGCCUCUACCUGGCGCACGGAUGUGUUGGCAGACAGUAUUUUCUUUUUCAACCCAUGUCAUCUUUUUUGUCAAGGAGGCAACUUACUGCCUCUUGAAGACCACACCAGCCCUGAAUGUUAUCCUUAGCGUCACGGAUGGAGGGAGAGAGGACAGUGAGACAAGUGGCUUCAGUGUCUGCAGGCCUGGCCUGAAAAAAAGUGCUGAGGUCCAGACCAAUUUUGAUAUUUGUAGAUUUGUUUGUCACACAUAUUGUUUACUUCUGAAGCUAAAAGUCUCUUUUAUAAAUACUAGGGUUAAUUCCUUAGGACAGUUUCUUUAUUAAUAACAUCCUAUGGGUUUGGAAAUGUCAGGAAAAUAUUUUAAAUACAGAAUAAUAAUUCAGAUUAUUGGUAUAAGUGUGAAAACAAAACUUUAGAGAAAGUCUAAAGUUACUUACUGUAUGUAGCAACAGCCUUAACUUUGGAUUCCGCUAUUUGAACAACUUUGCCCACAUGUUUCUCUAGCAAUGUGGGGGCAGAAAUUGGAUGGCAAAUCACUGUGAGCCAGGUUACCUCAGUGUCGUCCACCUCGUGUGUGACCUCACAAACACAGGAACUGAAUGUUCUUUUCAAGUGUUGGCGUGGAGCACUAUGGUCAAGGAAGUGGAACUGCCUUACACAUUAAACAGAAUCUCAUCCCACUGGUACCUUUGCAGCCAUGUCUCCAGAUUUUAUCUUUUUGGCAAAAUUCCAUAGUUCGGUUAGAUUGAAGUAGAUGUUCCUAGAUAGCAGGCUAGGAGCUCAGCUAAAAGCUCCAGGGGCAUCAUGUUCUUACUAAUAAAUCUAAUCUGAGCCUUAUUUCUUACCGAAUUCAGUUUCUUUUUAAACAUGCAUUCAUAUAUUUUAAAUGCUCGGUUUGGAGAAGUCCCUAGGACAGUCCCAAGGGCAGGGCCUGCACAUUUCUUCUAAUGGUAAAACAUUUUUUAAAAUGUAGGGUCAGGUUAAAGAAAUAUCCUGAGACUAAUUCUGUGCGGAGGAGGGACCACGGAGGUGAGCAGAUAAAAGAGCUGUUGUCAGUUUGGAAGCAGUAGUGAGUGUGCGGAGAAGGGUCGAAAAGUCCAUUUCUCUGUUCCAGCCCUGUUGGUCGCCCGUUCAGUAUGUUGGCAAAGUAUCACCUGAGCAGAGAGUGCAAGAAAGUAAUAAAGAAAGCUAAAGUAUGUCAGAAAGUUACUUCCAAAUGGUUAGAGGCAUGUGAUUAUCAGUACUGUGUAUUAUGGAAAUGUCAAGAAUGAUUAUUUUAAUGUGUGCAAGAUAAUGUUGGUGUGCACAGAGGGUCUUUUCCUUAUCUGAUUAGUACUGUUAAUGUUCAAAGAAUUAAAAAUGAUUGUUUUGCAGUUUAGAUUCUGAGAUAGCAAAACCUGAUUUUCAACCAUGACCUGCAUGAGAGAAGCAUCCUAGGAAGUCUUAGAUCAUACUUUUGAGUUCUUUAAUUUAUAUAGUGUUUUUUUAUGUUUUAAUAUUUUUGUGAACUGGUGUAAAUUGUUAAUGCAUUUAAGCUUGUGUAUUUUUGUAAAUAGUUUUGUGAUUUACUUCUUGCUCCCUGUGUAAAUAUUUACAGUCUCAUUUCUUCCAAACUUAUUUGAAACUGAGUUGUGGGUUUGGGGCUUUGUUUGUUCCCUUGUUUGGCGUGGGUGGGGGGUGGUAGGGAGAAGGGGUUUUUGUACUUAAGAUGGAGAUAUCUUGUGGUUUAAAGCAAAUG